AGAGUAGAUGGUGAGUCUCCCCCUGGGAGCAGAGCCCCCACGCCAUGGCGAGCGUGGUGGUGAAGACAAUCUGGCAGUCCAAAGAGAUCCAUGAGGCGGGCGAUCCACCUGCUGGGGUUGAGAGCCGUGCCCAGCUGGUCCCCGAGGCUCCCGGAGGGGUGCCCAGCCCUACCAAGGGGAUCACGAAGAAAAAAAAGGCCGUGUCCUUCCAUGGGGUGGAGCCCCGGAUGUCCCAUGAGCCAAUGCACUGGUGCUUGACUCUCAAACGGUCCUCGGCCUGCACCAACGUGUCCUUGCUCAAUCUGGCUGCCAUGGAGCCCGACUCCUCAGGGACAGACUCGACCACAGAGGACAGCGGCCUACUGGCUCUGCCCGGUCCGCCAUCUUCGCCCACAACACCCUGGGCUCCUGAAGACCCUGACAUCACGGAACUUCUGAGUGGGGUCAACAGUGGAUUGGUGCGUGCCAAAGACUCCAUCACCAGCUUGAAGGAAAAGACCACCCGGGUUAACCAGCAUGUGCAGACCCUCCAGAGUGAGUGCUCAGUGCUGAGUGAAAACCUGGAGAGAAGACGGCAGGAGGCAGAAGAGUUGGAGGGGUACUGCUGUCACCUGAAGGAGAACUGCCGCAAGGUGACCCGCUCGGUGGAGGACGCUGAAAUUAAGACCAAUGUCUUGAAACAGAACUCUGCCGUAUUGGAGGAGAAACUGCGAUACCUCCAGCAGCAGCUGCAGGAUGAGACGCCGCGGAGGCAAGAGGCCGAGCUGCAGGAGCUGGAGCAGAAGUUGGAGGCCGGGCUCUCCCGGCACGGCCUGGGCCCGGCUGCUGCCAACCAGGGCUGCUCGGGCCCGCCGGGUAGUCCCGAGGAACCCCCGCGACCGCGCAGCCUGGCCGCCAAUGGCUGGGGAAUGGCGCCGCGGACCACCGAGGGUCCCUCCCUGAGCGAGCAGGAGCUGCAGAAGGUGUCCGCGGGCCUGGAGGAGCUGAGGAGGGAGGUGUCCUUGCUGACCGCCCGGUGGCAUCAAGAGGAGGGGGCGGUGCAGGAGGCCCUGCGGCUGCUGGGGGGCUUGGGCGGCCGGCUGGACGGCUUCCUGGGUCAGUGGGAGCAGGCGCAGCGCGAACAGGCGCAGUCAGCGCGGGGCUUGCAGGAGCUGCGAGGACGGGCAGACGAGCUGUGCACUAUGGUGGAGCGGUCCUCGGUGUCUGUGGCUUCACUGAGGAGCGAACUGGAGGCACUGGGACCAGUGAAACCCAUUCUGGAGGAGCUGGGGCGGCAACUCCAGAACUCCCAAAGAGGAACUGACCAUAUCUUGAACUUGAAUCGAUCUUCCCAAGGCCCCUGUGCCCGCUGUGCCAGCCAGGGGCAGCAGCUGUCCACCGAGUCCCUGCAGCAGCUGCUGGAACGUACACUGACCCCACUGGUGGAUGAGGUGAAGCAGAAAGGCCAGGCUCCUGCCUGCCCCAGCUGCCAGCAGCUACACAAGAAAAUUCUGGAGCUGGAGCGCCAGGCCUUGGCCAAACACAUCAGGGCAGAGGCCCUGAGCUCCACCCUUCGGCUGGCCCAAGACGAGGCCCUGCGGGCCAAGAACCUGCUGCUGACAGACAAGAUGAAGCCGGAGUGAGGGCAGAGGUGGAGGGCAUGGGAGGAGGGGAGAAGGUGGCCACUUUGGACUAUAUGCACUUGAAGAUGUGCUCCCUCCACGACCAGCUCAGCCACCUGCCACUUGAGGGGUCCACGGGGGGUGAUGGGGGGAGGAAGCACUGAAGGGGGUCCCCUGAAUCGUAGGGGCCCAGGCGCUGAACAAUAAAUGGCCUCUCAUGCUGGCAUGAA